AUGUGGUUGAUCAUGUCGUGCACGCGGUCUGAAGGUCGAGAAGCACACGACGUCGCGUGGAUGUUCCUCUACGGCGCUUGGCGUGUGAUUUGUGCCCAAAAAGUGCACACCCUGGCCGGUUGCGGCGGCCUCUUUUUGCAUUGCUGGCUGUCCAUCUUAAUGUCUACUAUUGACGCCGAAAUGCGUGAUAAUAAAGGAUGGCACGAU